UAGAGCAUCGAGGCUGGAGGGGCCAAGAUUCCACAGGGGGAACUGCAAAAUGGAGAGUAUUUUCCUUGGCCAGCUGGAGGUGCUUACUGAUUCUCAGUAGAAGGCUGAGCACCUGGGCUUUGCCUGGGUCAAGGGUCAUCAUUGGGAGGGGGGCAAAAGAAAAAAAACCAGUUAUAUUUUGGAUUCUCACAGGACUCAAGAGACAAAACUGAAAUCUUGGAGAGCCAGGAUUUCAGAAAGAAGAAAGGAAGGAAGAACUGAGGGGCCCUGAUGGUUUCCCCUCAAAAUUUUGCUGAAUUAGGAAGAUGUAAUACUUGGUAUAGGAGGUUAGGAUGAGAAAAUCACUGUUUUUCAGAAGUUUUCUGCUUAGCAUCUUUACCUACCCAGCAGAGAUGAGAGUCAUAGCACCAAAAUCCAAGAAAAAAAUACACAAUAGAAACCAGCCCACAGGUAAUUCAUGUAUUAGAUUAACAGGCAAGGUCUUUGAUUCAAAUAUUCAAAAAUGGUACUUCCCUGGUGGUCCAGGGGUUAAGACUCCAUGGGCUCAAUGGGUGGGUAUGGGCUCAAUCCAUGGUCGGAGAACUAAGAUCCCACAUGCUGCACAGUACAGCCACCCCCCUAAAAAUUUUCCCAAAAAAUGACAAAAAGAUAAAAGAAUUUCUCCAGGGGAUCAGAAUCUGUUUCUAAUGGAAAUUCUAGAACCAAAAAAUAGAAUCACUGAAAUCAAGAGUAGUCUGGGAAAUCAAGAGCAGGUAGAACUACGUCUGUGCACAGAUACUGAGGUUGGCUCAGGACGUGAUUGAGUUGCAUUUCUGGAGCCCCGGUCUCAGUGCUGGAAUCCUAAGAUCUAAAGCAGACUCAAAGGGUGGUAAAGAUUUAUCCUGCUGGGAAGUAGAAGAGUACCUCAUUAAAAAAGAUGCCUCCCAAGUUCAAGCGCCACCUAAAUGAUGAUGAUGUCACAGGUUCUGUGAAAAGUGAAAGGAGAAAUCUUUUAGAAGAUGAUUCAGACGAAGAAGAGGACUUUUUUCUAAGAGGACCAUCUGGACCAAGAUUUGGACCCAGAAAUGAUAAAAUUAAGCAUGUUCAGAAUCAGGUGGAUGAAGUCAUUGAUGUCAUGCAAGAAAAUAUUACAAAGGUAAUAGAAAGAGGGGAGAGACUAGAUGAACUACAGGACAAAUCAGAAAGCUUAUCGGAUAAUGCAACUGCUUUUAGCAACAGAUCCAAACAACUUCGAAGGCAAAUGUGGUGGCGUGGAUGCAAAAUAAAAGCUAUCAUGGCUUUGGUUGCUGUUAUCCUUUUGUUAGUGAUUAUCAUUCUUAUAGUUGUGAAAUACCGUACUUGAUUUGACGACAGAUCUUCAUUAAACAAAACUGGGACAAUAAUAAUAAAAGGUUGCUGCAUAAUUUAAAUGAAACCCAUGUAUAUAACUUUCAAAGCUUCUUUUUCAAGAAAUUAAGAGGCAAGUAUCACUUCAAAUUGGAGCAUUGAGAAUGUCCAAUUAUCUCCCUCCCUUCCAACAAAAUGUUGCUUUUAAUAAUUAUGUUUGAGGCAAAGAUAACUAGCCUUGAUUUUGCCAUAUUCCAAGGGUCUAAUUUGAAACUAGAUACUUGCCAAUUCACUAUUGUAUAUAUAGUUAAACACUGAUAAGGAUAUUUCAUACUGUUAUUUUAAUGGCAUAAGGACUUGACUUUAUUGCAUUGAGGUAGGGAUCAGGCUGGUGGUCAGGGAGCCUCUGCAGAGUACCAGAUCAUUAUGCUGAAAGAUGUGUAUAACCAUUCCAUCAAUAUUUGCAAGAUUCUUUUCAUAUUAACAAUUGCUUUGCAAGCAGUGUUCACAUGUUUAUAGAUGUAACAAAAGCUAAAUGUUGUAAAUGUUGCUGCCUUCAGCUAUAACUGAAAACAUUCCAGUAAACCUAUUUUUGAUUGUAUAAGGGAAUGUGUAGUAAUUUUUUGACAUUUGGAUUAUGGAAAUGGGAAAUUUAAAGUGUGAAAAGCAUAGUAUGGCAUCAUAAAUUGGAGGUAAUAAAAUUAUUGAAGAGCAUCAUUGGAGUAUUUGAAAAUGCCGAACAUACAGCUAAAAGUCAUGGUCCAGUCUGUUUUCAGUUAGCCUCCAAUAAGGAGGACCAGUCCUAAUGUGAGUAAUGAAAUCCACAGGUAACUUGUCCCCCUAAUUUUCUGUUUAUUAGUAGCUUUCCUCUUUUAACUUCAACUAGCUAUUUUACCAGAAAUGUUUAAAGUAGCAAAAUUACCUGCUUAGGAUUUUUGAUUUUUGCAUUCCCUGAUUAUCUCCUGGGAAAUGCAGGUUAUACAUAAAAUCAAAUGUGAAAUUAGCCAGUAAUAAUAAGAAGUCAGGAGCCUAGUUAGUCAGUCAGUCAGUAACCAAAUGCUAGGGUCACCAUUAAUCUCAGUCUGUUUUUGUAAUGAUAAAAAGUGUUAACUUUAAAAUGUGCCAACCUUCUUGGGUUGUUUAAACAUGUGAAAGUGAAAAUACAGUUCUCUAGUGUGUGUGAAGAAGUUUUAUAAUAAAAUUGGAGGUUCUAUAGAGACUUGUGUACAUGGACGUCUUCACAAUGUAUAUGUAACUCUAAAUUUGAAAUAGGGUUAAUAGAAAGUAGCAGUAUUUAAAUAGGAAAAAGAAAUAGUCCAUAUAGGGUUUAUUUCUUUGGUUGUUUUCAUUCAAAGUGUAUGAAACAUAGGAUCUUUUUUUUUUUUUAAUUCUACAGGUAGUACUAAGAUACAAAAAUGUUCUCUUUAGAAUGAAAAGACAUUUGAAGGGAGAAAGCAGAUUAAGAGAUAUUCAAUACACCUGCAAGUUAAGAAGGUCUAAAUAUAUUUGCUUAGCAUUAUAGUCCACUAAGAACAUUUAAAAAGAGGUAAAGGUCUUACAUACUAUGGAGUGUGUUCUCUGGUUUCUCCAUCCUUUGUAAAUGUCAGUUACUGUAAAUAAUAUAAUAAAUACUAAACCCUUUGACAAAAGAGGAUACCCAGGAAAAUGAGCAUUUUUAGAAUUUCAGUAGCUAAUAUAGUUCAGGAAUGGAACUGUUUUAACUGAGUGUACAGAAUCAGUCCUAACAUGUUUAUUUUGUGUGUCCUUCAUUUGGGAUUGGAACUAGACUCACCAGUGGUUAAUUUUCUAUUGGUUAGUAUAGAAAUUUGGUUUCUUCAUAUCAUCUAUCAGUGAAGAUGAUUAUUUCUCAAAAAGAACCCACAUUUCCAGUGUUUCUUUAAUAAAGUAUGCUUUUAAAGAAAUAAAAACAAAAUUAAAAAAAAUUUUAACAAUGAAAAAAUAAAAGGAAAUAUUUAUAUGAUAAUAUCAUAUAUAUGUAGUUCUCUUUGUAUUUAAAUAUAUUGCUGCUGAGAAUACUGGUGGUGGAUAUGUUACUCUUAGGGAUUUGUACUAGUGGUAGCCUGUUUAGUGGUAGCUCAGUUCAUCAUUUCAUCCUUCUCAGUCAUCAUUAGUACUAAGACCCUUAAAGUGACUGACAUGUUUAUGACUUUAUUAUCAUAACCUUGGAGACACACGCCUUAGGAAAAAGAAAAAUGUGUUCAAAUUGAUGCCAGGCCUGCCUUCCUUCCCUCCCUUAAUCAUUCUUUUUCUCAUUCAGCUCAGAUCAUCCUACACUUAAAAAAUGAAGUUUCCCCAUCAUCAAAAUUCUUAUUACUUAACAACAAUGAAGAGCAAGAGAAAAAUUCCAAGUAGCUUUGUAAAUACUAGUUGAUACCCCAGUGAAAUCAUGUCACCCCUUUUAUAAUGCUGGAAACAGACCCUUGUGAUUUAUGUUUAACUACUGAAACCUGUUGCCCUACAGUAGUUUGUGAUAAUGCUAAUUAUUAGCUUUUCCUACAGAUAUGAUCCAGUAAUACCUGUGGUCUUUUUGCUCCUCUAUCCUUAUAAAUCUCACUGGAAAUCACCCUCAGGUUUUUAUAAACUUUUAUUUCUUGACUAAAGAGAAGUUCAGUAUUGAGAAUGGAACAUUAUAAGAUGGAGGAUGGGUAAUAGUACACGUCAAAUUCAGAAAUACCUUCUGUUAGCACUCCUGUGGGUGGCUUCUAUAUAGUCUUUAUGUGCAGUCACUCUGCAUUAAAAAAUAUAACUUCAGCAUUUUUUUAUAGCAGAAUUGGGCAUCUUUCAAUUUUGUAUGACACGUGGGUAUCCUGGAAAUGAUUAUACAUGUACAAACUGAGAAGGAAAAAAUUGAAAUUUCUCAUUAUCAGUUCACUCUUAAACAUGCUAGAUGGCCUGUCAGCCUUUUUAUCCACACACUCUACACUUACGUGUAUGCAUACUAUGAUUAAAAAAUAUGCUAGAAAUUGUUUUCUCAUGUUGAGAAUGAGUGCCAUUAGAAGCUAACUGUAUUGAGUCAGUAUUCCUAAGUCUAGGAAAACCAGCUCUCAGUCUGAUUGUGUGUUUUCAUGUGGAAAUGUGAUUGGACUCAUUGAAGUCAGUUUUAUUUUUCUGUGAGUGAGGAGUUAGAACAUAAAUCAGUCCAAAAGCAUUUAUAUACUUUUGUUUUAGAAUGCAGUACUCAUAUUUGUGUAGGAAGUUGCCACAAGGCUGUGUGAAGAUACUGAGUCAGGAGCUGGAAGGUGCCCUACUUCUCAAUCCAUCCACUGUUUUUCCCAUACUGUAGACAAAUGGAACCAUAGGGGACACAAUCUUUUUAUUCUGGCUCCUGUUUUAAGAAGCUGCUUGGAACAGGUCAGUAGGAAUUGAAGGGAAGGCAUGACCAACUCAAUUGAGGGGGAUAAACAUAAGCUUGGGAAAACACAGAUCACAUCGUGCUUGUGUCCCCACAGCACCCAGCCUAGUGCCGUGCCCCUGGCUAGAUGAGUGUGCCUAGGAAAUCACAGACACACCGGUGUGCCCGUUCGUAAAGCGUCAGCGCCCAUGGUCCUCCCUGCAGAGGUGACAUGACUGACAUAACUGUGGGUCUUUUGCCUUUACCAGGAGAUCAUAGUGCUCUUUUAUAAUGGGUAAAGAAAAAUUUUGAUUUUACAUUAUUUCAUUAGGUUCUUUUCAUUUGAAAAGGUCUUGAAAUCAGACCGUCUAUUAAAUAUUUUAGGGCUAUAAAGUAAAUUGCGUAAAUCAGUCAAAUGUCAGAACUCAAACUCUAAGAAAACUCAAGCACUUGAUCUUAUGCCUGGGGUAUGUCAUUGUUUUAAAUUCCACACUCCUUUAUUUAAUCAUUUUGAUAAGUGCCUUUGAUGUUUUCAGAUGUAUGGUGGGAGAUGAGCAAUGUAAAUGGUGUGCACCCUGUGCUGAAGACUCUCAAGUCUUCAUAUCCAUUUUCACCAGUGUUGCAAAUGUUAGUCCUCGGUGUUCCUGUCAGAUAUGUAUUUGUAGCCCCUCCAUAGUAAACAGUAAAAUAAACUAUUUCAUAGAAAACAAAA